CGCCGGCCAGCAGCCCGCCAGGCGGGCGGCCCCUCCGGCCCGAGCCCCCAGCGCCUGCCGCCGCAGCGUCGGGGCGCUGGGUGCGCGGGCAGCCGCGGAGCGAGCGGACCCGAGCGGGCGACCCGGCACUCGCCCGCCCGGUGCCACCGCUGCCGCCGCUCCGGAGCGCAGGACCCGGCACCUCCGGCGUCCGCCGCCGCCGCCGAUGCGGCCUGGGCACUUUUAGCCGGGCGGGAGGGCCGGAGAGCCGGGCCGCCGAGAGCCGCGAGCGAGCAGCGCCGAGAGCCGCGCCAACCCGCCGCGAGCAGGGACGGACGCCCGCCCGCCGCCGCCGCCGCUGCCGCCCGGCCGCUAUGGAUCUAUUCGACUUUUUCAGGGACUGGGACUUGGAGCAGCAGUGUCACUAUGAACAAGACCGUAGUGCACUUAAAAAAAGGGAGUGGGAGCGGAGGAAUCAAGAAGUCCAGCAAGAAGAUGAUCUCUUUUCUUCAGGCUUUGAUCUAUUUGGGGAGCCCUACAAGGUAGCUGAAUAUACAAACAAAGGGGAUGCACUUGCCAACCGAGUCCAGAACACGCUGGGAAACUAUGAUGAAAUGAAGGAUUUGCUAACUAACCAUUCUAAUCAGAAUCAUCUAGUGGGGAUCCCAAAGAAUUCUGUGCCCCAGACUCCCAUCAACAAAAAUGAACCGAGCUUUUUCCCAGAACAAAAGAACCGAAUGCUCCCACCUCACCAGGAUAGCACUCAUCCCUCAGCACCAAUGCCUCCACCUUCCGUCGUGAUACUGAAUUCCACUCUCAUACACAGCAACAGGAAAUCAAAAGCUGACUGGUCACGUGAUAGUCAUAACGCUAACAUUGUCCCAGCCAACCAGGCCAGUGGUCAGCCAAACAAGCUGCCGCCGUCUACACAGGACCAACCCCUAGCCCGACUGGAAGACUUCUUUGUCUACCCAGCUGAACAACCCCAGGUUGGAGCCACUGAAGAGUCAAACGUGUCUGCAAAGGAAGACAGUAGUCUCAAGUCCAGUGCAGGGGAUACGUUCAAAGAAAUCUUUCAGUCCAUCUCAUCAGAAGAAUCUGAAUUUACAGUGCAAGCUCCUGGGUCUCCCCUAGUUGCCUCCUCUUUGUUAGCUCCCAGCAGUGGCCUUUCAGUUCAGAACUUUCCACCAGGGCUUUACUGCAAAACAAACAUGGGGCAGCAAAAGCCAACUGCAUAUGUCAGACCCAUGGAUGGCCAGGAUCAGGCACCAGACGUCCCUCCAACACUGAAACCUUCCAUUGAAUUUGAGAACAGCUUUGGGAAUCUGUCAUUUGGAUCACUCUUGGACGGAAAACCCAGUGCAGCCAGUUCAAAGCCUAAACUGCCAAAGUUCACGAUUCUCCAAACAAGUGAAGUAAGCCUUCCCAGUGAUCCAAGCUGUGUUGAAGAAAUCUUGCGGGAGAUGACCCAUUCCUGGCCUGCUCCUCUCACUGUCAUGCAUACUUCCGGAAACUCUGAGAAGAACUCACUUUGCAUCCCAGGACAGGAAUCCCAACACCUGACUCCAGGAUUCACCUUACAAAAGUGGAGUGACCCAACCAGCAGAGCUUCUACGAAGUUAGUAUCACUGGAGGCGAUGCUUGAGGACGACCUGAAGCUGAGCAGUGAUGAAGAUGACCUUGAGCCUGUAAAGACCUUGGCCACUCACUGCACCACCACUGAGCUCUACCAGGCUGUUGAAAAGGCAAAACCUAAGAAUAAUCCUGUAAACCUACUCUUGGCCACACCUCAGCCGCCACCCGCAGUGCCAGCCAGUGGGGGAUCCGGCAGCUCCAGUGACUCUGAAAGCAGCUCUGAGUCAGACUCAGACACCGAGAGUAGCACCACCGACAGUGAAUCCAAUGAGGCCCCUCGUGCAGCCACUCCAGAGCCUGAGCCACCCUCCACCAACAAGUGGCAGUUGGAUAAAUGGCUUAACAAAGUGACAUCCCAGAACAAGUCAUUUAUUUGUGGCCAAAAUGAAACACCCAUGGAGACAGUGUCUGUGCCUCCUCCUAUCAUCCAGCCAAUGGAAGUCCAGGUCAAAGUGAAAACAACCCCCAGCCAGAUCCUGGCUGAACCCAAAGAGAGGCCUCUCCUCAGUCUUAUUAGGGAGAAAGUCCGUCCACGGCCGACCCAGAAAACUCCAGAAACCAAGGCUUUGAAGCAUAAGUUGUCGACAACUAUUGAGACAGCCUCUCAAAGGACGAUUGGAAAAAAACAGCCCAAAAAAGUCGAGAAGAACACCAGCAUUGAUGAGUUUACCUGGCCCAAACCAAAUAUUAUCAGCAGCACCCCCAAAGAAAAAGAAAGCAUGGAGCUUCCUGACCCACCAAGAAGCCGCAACAAAGUCACUGCCCACAAACCAGUCCCUAGGAAGGAACCAAGGCCAAACGUUCCCCUGGCUGCCGAGAAAAAGAAGUACAGAGGGCCUGGCAAGAUUGUGCCCAAGUCCCGGGAAUUCAUUGAAACGGAUUCGUCCACGUCCGAUUCCAACACCGAUCAGGAAGAGACCUUACAGAUCAAGGUCCUGCCUCCUUGCAUUGCUCCGGGACGCAAUACCGCCAAAUCCAAGGAAGUCUGUGGUGCCAGCUUGACCCUCAGCUCUUUGGUCAGCAACAGUAGCAACAACAGCCUAACCACCGUUAGUGAAGAGCCUGCAUUUUCACCCAUCCCUGUCAUGCAAACCGAGCUGUCGCCACUACGAGAUCAUGAGAACCUGAAAAAUCUGUGGGUGAAGAUUGACCUUGACCUGCUGUCUAGAGUACCUGGCCACCACUCACUGCAGGCGACACCAGCCAAGCCAGACCCCAAGGAGCCUGCAUCCAAGCCCAAGCGCCAGACCACCACUGCAGCCGCUGAAAAACCCAUCCUGAAGGGCAAGCGUAAACACAAGCCAACAGAGAUCGCAGAGAAAAUCCCUGAGAAGAAGCAACGCCUGGACGAGGCCCCCGCUAUCUGCCUGCUGCCCCCUUGCAUCUCACCAGCGCCACCCCACAAACCUCCGCACAGUAGAGAGAACAGUUCAUCCAGGAGAGCAAAUAGAAGGAAGGAAGAAAAGCUGUUUCCUCCUCCACUUUCCCCACUGCCAGAGGACCCUCCACGCCGCAGAAACAUCAGUGGCAGCAAUGGCCCCUUUGGUCAAGACAAGAACAUCCCUAUGAUCGGACAGAUCACCUCUACUAAACCGAAGAGAAGUGAAGGCAAAUUCUGUGCUACUUUCAAAGGGAUAUCCGUAAAUGAUGGAGACACUCCAAAAAAGACAAGCUCUGCUGCCAUUAUGGUUACCAACACAGCUAUUGCCACUGCCACUGUCACUGCUACUGCCAUUGUCACUGCCACUGUCACGGCCACUGCAACUGCCACGGCCACAGCCACUACCACAACCACUACCACAACCAUCUCUACCAUCACCUCCACAAUCACUACAGGCCUCAUGGAUAGCAGUCACCUGGAGAUGGCAUCCUGGGCAGCCCUGCCUCUUCUGUCCAGCAGCACCGCCAAUGUCCGGAGACCCAAGCUCACUUUUGAUGACUCGGUUCACAAUGCUGAUUAUUACAUGCAAGAGGCUAAGAAGCUGAAGCACAAAGCUGAUGCACUGUUUGAGAAAUUUGGCAAAGCCGUGAAUUACGCCGACGCAGCCUUGUCCUUCACCGAAUGUGGCAAUGCGAUGGAGCGUGACCCUCUAGAAGCCAAGUCUCCCUAUACCAUGUACUCUGAGACCGUGGAGCUCCUCAGGUAUGCGAUGAGACUGAAGAACUUUGCAAGCCCCUUGGCUUCGGAUGGGGACAAAAAGCUGGCGGUAUUAUGCUACAGGUGUUUAUCACUUCUCUACUUGCGGAUGUUCAAGCUGAAGAAGGACCAUGCUAUGAAGUACUCCAGAUCACUGAUGGAAUAUUUUAAGCAAAAUGCCUCAAAAGUCGCUCAGAUACCGUCUCCCUGGGUAGGCAAUGGAAAGAACACUCCAUCCCCGGUGUCUCUCAACAAUGUCUCUCCCAUUAACGCAAUGGGCAGCUGUAACAACGGCCCGGUCACCAUUCCCCAGCGCAUUCACCACAUGGCCGCCAGCCAUGUCAACAUCACCAGCAAUGUGUUACGGGGCUACGAACACUGGGACAUGGCCGACAAACUGACAAGAGAGAACAAAGAAUUCUUCGGCGAUCUGGACACACUGAUGGGGCCCCUGACCCAGCACAGCAGCAUGACCAACCUCGUUCGCUACGUUCGCCAAGGACUGUGUUGGCUGCGCAUCGAUGCCCAUUUGUUGUAGUGGGGGCCCCCAUCUCCAGCAUCACCACCCUUCACUCUACCUCUACCAGAGCACCAAUGGUCACUGGUGGAACUCCACUCACUUGGGAAAGUUCUCUUUGCUUAUGUUUGUUUUUACGCUUCUUUUGAUAUCUGUGAAAAACAGAAGUUAUUGUAAGUGGACACUACAACUUGAGAGCAGUAUGUUUUAUUACUUAGUCAUUUUUCAGUAUUUUAUAUGCAUUUCUCAGAUCCCACCAUCCUUUUGUGCUUGAUACAAUGAUACAGUCCCUACAAUAUUGUUGUAAGCCCACACUACCCAAAACAAAAAAUGAGAAGUACUUGUGAUGAUAACACGUUCCUGAGAAAUGAAAUGAAAUGCCAUAUAUAUAUAUAUAUAUAUAUAUAUAUAUAUAUAUAUAUAUAUAUUUGCAAAGGACCUACAAAGAUUCAAAUUUUCCACAAUAGCUAUUCCCCAAACUGUACUCUUAUGUCCAGAAAAAAAAAAAAAAAACGUAUUUCAGAAUCCAUUGUUAAAAUUUUGUGGUUCCCACAGACUCAGUAUCCAGGUGAGAAUUUUCAUUGUCAACCCACUGGUUAGAUGUUUUAGCCACAUCAUAAAAUCAAGAGUAUUAAGAAAAUAAACAAGCAUAGCAAUGCCACUCUCAAACCAAUACUGUAUACAACCAGAGGACUUUCUUGCUUGCAUCCCUUCUCUGAUGCCCUAUUUUUAAAAUGUUAAUGAGAUGAAGUGGCAACAUUUAUUUUGACAACUUUAAGGCAUCAGCUGUCAUUAAAUAUUUUUGAACUCCCUGAUCUGAAGCAUAAAUCCUCACCUGGGAUUCUCUUUGUGUAAAGCUCUCCUUCUGAAGGGCAGUUAAAUGGGUGUACACCCUAGGAGCCAAAAUACUGCACUCCAGUUUUAGAGAUGAGAGAUUAGAAGUCUGGAAAUGUCCAAGGAACUCAUACCUCUGCCUCUUUUGCAGCUGGUAGGCAGGUCCAUUGCUGGAAGGAUAUUUUUAUUGUAUUUUGCUCAAAUCUCAGAAAAGAAAUUCAAGUUAUCACUACCUAGGAGUUAAAAUAUACAGUUUGCUUCUCAUUAUAAUCCACAUUUUCUAGUUCACAGUGUUUCUCCUUCUCCUCCUCCUCCUCCUCCUCUUCUUCUUCCUCUUCUUCCUCCUCCUCUUCUUCCUCCUCCCCCUCCUCC